AUGAUAUGGAGCCGACUUACUCCUGUGAGGUCCCAUGCUAAACAUGGCAUCAAUCGAUUCACAAGGCCUCAACCUCGAGCUGUGGUGUAUACCCCUAAGCGGUUCAAUUCAAACCCUCAAAACACAGGCCAGUACACCCCGGAUCCCACCGAUCAGGAUGAUCCGGACGAGGGUAAGGGGAAGGGUCAAGGGCGCAACGGCGAUUCCGAUCCGACUUUCAAAUCUACAUUCCUCAAAAUGAUGGAGACAGCGGCAACAACAGCGGCAUCCAUCGCCAUCCUGGGUGCGGCGGGAUACGGGUACCACCAGUACUAUAAGUACUUGAUCCUCGAUAAGAUGGACAAUGCUUUCAAUCCCGGUGAUCCCGCGCUCGAAGUCGCGGGUGUUGUAUCCGGAAAGCACAAAUAUCGCCAUGAGGAACAUUGGGUGGUACGCAAUGAGCAGCCCAAGAUUGACGACAUAGUGGCUGGACGGAGAAGUGGCCACUACUAUCUCAUCAUCGGCGAGAAAGGCACCGGAAAAACCUCCAUGCUCUUGGAGGCCAUGCGCAAGAUCAAUGGUAACAGCUGUGCGAUGUUCGAAGCACACGCCGACCUCGAGAUCUUCCGUAUUCGACUUGGCAAAGCUUUGGACUAUGAGUUCCACGAAGACUAUAUUGGAAGUCUCUUCAGCAUCCGUGGACCUAGGGACACCACGGCCCUCUUGGAUAUUGAACGUGCUUUCAACAAGUUGGAGAAAGUGGCGCUUACUAGACGACGCGAAGGAUGCACUCCUCUGGUCUUGAUCAUCAACAGUACCCAUUUGGUCAGGGAUGACCAUGACGGCCAGGAUUUGCUUGAAAUGAUCCAGCAGCGUGCCGAGCAAUGGGCGGCCAGUGGUCUCGUCACCACAAUCUUGAACAGUGACGACUACUGGGUCUACGAGCGUUUAAAACGUUACGCGACUCGCAUGGAAGUCAUUCCUGUGACGGAUUUGCCCAAGGACAAGGCAAUGACGGCCUUGAAGAAAUACCGCCAGCAGUUCCACAAUGAAACACUCGCCCCCUCAAUCCUAGAGCAGGUCUACGACAAGGUUGGCGGCCGUCUCUCUUUCCUGAACCGCGUCGCCAAGUCCGAGAAUGUCACCAAGGCAUGCGAUGAUAUCUGCCGGGCCGAGAAGACCUGGUUCCUGAACAAGUGCUGGAUCCUCGGAAAAGAAAUGGACGACGAUGUGAUGGAUGAACAAAAGUUCUCCUCUGCCGCCAUGGUCCUAGCCAAGGCGCUGGUCGACCUGGAACAGGAGAUGGAUUCGAAUUACCACGAAGAGCAAGGACAUAUCUUGCCCGAGAUUCCGCUCCACAAAGCGCGUGAGAUAAUGACUCGUGCUGAUUUCAUCCAAUCCUACGACCACGAGAAUAUCUUCACCAUCGACUCGCGAGCGAUGGUGCGUGCCGACUCAGUGCCUAUGCAACGUGCUUUCCAAGAGAUCUGUGCUAUUGAAAACUUCGACAAGCACUUGGAUGGCACUUUGGAGCGCAUUGGAGAUAUCGAGAGCCUUGGCCGUACCCGUGAACUGACUAUCAAAGAUCUUUGGAAUAAUGGCAAGUAUCGCGUUGUUGUGCGCGACAACUACGGGCGCGAGAGUGGGACGGUAGAGUUUGCUGUGGAUGAGCCAGAGGGCGGAGACCAAGAUUAG